GUCCUGUUAUGUUAACAAUUAUUUCAAAGAGAUGGUUACUGUUUCCUGACAAAGACCAAGUUGAUUCUUAUCAUCUAAAGAAUAACUUAACUUCAAAUAAUUCUGACAACUCUUUGAUCAAGUUUCGAUUAUAUGAGAUUGAAGCAAGGUAUAUGAAUUUUCCAGAUAAACAACAAAAGUCAACCCUGUUGCAAAGACUUGAUGAUAUUUUAGCAGUUCUGGAAAUAAAACUUUCUGAAAUAAAGCUUCCAGAAAAAAUUAUAAAAAAGGGUCAUCCUUCUGAAACCAAACGACUGCCGAUUGUAUUAGAACUUAUAGAAGCGGGGGUGAAAAAAAAGAAGAAAACUGAUGAUAUUAGAAAAAAGCAAAUUGAAGAUAUCAAUGCUCAACAAAAUGCUUUGAUGGCUUAUAUUGAAG